AUGUGCGAAGCUCUGGCCAUGGGGCGCGGCGGGGCUUGGGUCUUCAUGGCGGGGGCGGCGCUGGGCGUCUGCCUGGAGGCGCUGGCCGAGUGGCUGCUGAGGCGGCGGCGGGAGGUGCGGGUGCGCGAGGUUCUUUUCUUCCCGUCGCGCGUGACCUGUGUGGAAGGGCUGUUGGCGGCGGCUAGGGAAGAUGGCGGGAAAGGGCUGCGCCUGGCCCCGUGCCUCUGCUCGCUGCCUCACGAGGAGAGCGAGCUCAGCCGCCUUCUGGCCCGCCUGCUCAGCGCGCGCCGCUCCCUCGAGCUCUGCAUCUUCGCCUUCUCCUGCCCACAGCUCAGCUGCGCCAUCCUCCUUCUCCAGCGGCGAGGGGUGCGCGUCCGGGUGGUCACCGACGCCGACUACAUGGCCGUGAAGGGAUCCCAGAUCGGCAUCCUACGCAAAGCCGGGAUUCAGGUACGCCAUGAUCAGGAGAGUGGCUACAUGCACCAUAAAUUUGCCAUCAUAGACAAAAGGCUGCUGCUCACUGGCUCCCUCAAUUGGACCACACAAGCCAUCCAGCAUAAUAGGGAGAAUGUUAUGAUAGUGGAAGAUGCUAAGUAUGUGAAACUCUUUCUAGAGGAAUUUGAAAGGUUGUGGGAAGAUUAUAAUCCAGUUAACUAUAUAUUCUUCAAAGAAAAAGAGGUGCCAAAAGAGACCAACAAUAAUCCUGGGACAGAAAGGAAAUUUAACAAAUGAUAGUUUACCUCUGGUAAACAGUCUGUUGCAGACACUAUUUCAUUCUUAAAGAUCCUGUUAAUUCUUGUUUUAGGUGUUGUGUAAUAAGCACAGUGGUACUGACAUGUUUGCACGUUUGAUAUUACUCUAAAAGUGCUCUUCAUAAAUGUAAGUCUAUAUAGUUAUGCUAUAUAGCUAUGACAAGAGUCUCAGAAAUAUACCUUUGCUUUAGCAAAGGCAGUGUCCACCAUUGCUCCUGUAGGCAGCUAGUACAGGCAAAGGGUUUACCUCUUCAUUGCCAGUAGGUUUCACUGAUGUGUAUGCAGGAAGACCUUGACUCAAAGGCAAAUUCUUGUGCUUCUCUUAAUGCUUCAUUGCAUGGCAAUCAGAGAAAUUUACCUGAGCACAGAAAACUUGUUAAUACAUGGGAAAGUCCACGUAUAAGUGUCAUUGCUGUAUGAUGGCCUUGAAAGUUGUAGCCAAGCCUAGCUGCAGAUUAUAGAAAACAACUUGGGGGACACUUUUUUAAUUAUUAUUUUUGGCUGAAACAGUUUCAGGGAUAAUGGAAUUGCUCAGGAAAGAUUUCUGUAUUUUUAAAAAAGUGAUUUUUAGAUGAUAAAUCAGUACAUCAGUAUGGGCAUUUACAAUCUGAGGAGUCAAAACUGCAAAGUCAGACAGCAACAAAGGCCCAUUAACACGCAAGCAUUGUGUGCUGCAGCAUGGCCUUAAUUGACUAUUGCCGUUUCCCUCCUCCAAGCUAGGGAUAACCUGAAUCAUCCUACUUGAUAUAAAAGUAAGGCUAACUGAUCUUAAUUUAACCUUGUUAUUGUAGUGUUUCUACACAGACUGUAGUGUGUUCAUACUGGGAAUGAUGAAAAAUAUGGGGGAAAGUGGGAAGGAGCCUCUUACUUGAACUGUUGCUUGGAAGCGUACAACAGUAAGAACUUAAUAGUAAAAUUGUAGUGUGUUUUGGAUUGCGGGCACCUGACUAUAUAGGACCUUGCUUCAGAGUUGUAGCAUUUUCAUACUUGUAAUUAAAUUGGU